AUGGCCAGUGGUGAUAACCAUCAGCCAUGGGGCUACUCCCAUUUUAAUCACAACGGCGCUGAUCCGGGCCAAGGCCCGUUUGUGAACUCAACCUUUGGCGCUCCUGCUAGCGGUGGACUGGACGACAACCCGUAUUCCGUUUCUCAUGCCCACCAAUGGCAACCACAAGACGGCCAUUACAUGCAGGAGAAUGGGUUCCAAUCAUACCAGCCCCAGCACCACUCACAACACCACCAGCCCCAGACCCAGGACCAUGGGCAAGCAUAUCAGGUCCAAGGUUUCGGGGGCCCAAAUCCUCAUGUCACAAACCAUCAACAAUCUCAGACGUACUCCCACUCGGCACAGGCACCACUGGACGGCCAGCCGGAAUUGUGGGAUUACGACUUUGGCUUCGAGCCCAAUCCAUUGACCAACAUAUCAUAUGGCAAUGGUCUUCAACAAGGCUCUCACAGUGGCAUGCCCGGUGGCUAUGCACAGGAGAUACCUACUACGAUGGCACAGCAACCCCACUUCCAACAACAGGCACCUAGAGUAGGCACUCCUCAGUCGAUUGGGACGAAUACGCAGCUCCGCCAGUCUCCAUUUAAUGGUCAUCCGAUGGCUCCUGUCCCCAUGCCUCAGGGACAAAUUGGAGUUCCACGUGGGCAUGGCAGUCCGGCAAUGCCGUUCUCGGCGCCCCAGCAGAUGAAUGCCUCCAAGACGCAGCCGAAUCUCUCGAAUGUGCCCACGAUGCAAAGCCGAUUCAUGCCUCAGCAGGCUCAUAUACAGCAGGCGAUGUCCUCGCAAAACAUGGUUGCACCCCGAGCCGCGGCCGGUCCACUCCCUGUGAACAACAUUUCACCAUUGCAGAACAUCAAACCGAAAGGACACCAGAUAAUGCAGCAGUACGUCCAACCUGCCCAGCCAAAUGCGCAGGCGAUUGCCCCGCCGAUUGUUCAACCGAGGACCGACAUGCCUAUUCAAUCACCAGCUUCGUUCCAACACGCUCCUGUGGUUGGUCUUGCACCGCCACGUGUGAUAAGACGGGACGAUAAUGCGAUUCCCAACGUAAGAUCGCGAUACGUUGGUUUCUCAGCUGCUCCUCAAGCGGAGCUCGAUGAAGGCUCGGAGCAGGAGACGCCAAUCGGCGAGAUUCGAGACCCUGACGAGACCACCGGUAGGCCAAUCGAUCAACUCUUCCCAACACAAAGCAACUUAGUUCGACCUCUUGCGUCUUCAAUCAUACAAGAAUGGUCCAAGGCUUUGGACAAGGAUGACAUCGCCGGACAAAAUGACCAAGCGCAGCGUCUCAAGCAGCAUUUCGGUGGGACCGUGCCUGUCCACUACGAACAAAAAAUGAGAGAGACUAUUGCUGCCAAGGAGAAAGCCUCUCGGAAGCCAGGCCCCAAACGAAGCAAAACUCGGCCAACAGACGAGGCUGAUGCCGCUGAAUGGGAUUCGAUUGGCGUGGUCUAUUUGACGAAAUCAAAUCCUUCGGGGGCAGAAAUUGGCGCGGCUGUGGCAGCAUACGGUAAGCUGAUUCGAGGGCUUACGGGCGAAUUUCAGACGACGAAGCAAAAGCUGAAGUCAGCGAAAGAGGGGGACGCUGCUGCCUUGAAGGAAAAGAUGGCUCGUAGGUUGGAGAUCAUCUAUCGAGCCGUGGAGGGAGCGAACCAGUGGGGUGACCACCAAGUUCUGGCAAAUCUGGGUGGAAAUCAGAAGCUCAUCAGUGACUUUGUGACAUGUCUGAUCCACGCCAACAAUUCCGCUGACCACAACGGUAAAGUUGCCAAAUCCGUGUUACGGUUGAUGUCCGGGGUGACUACCAUGGAAAAGGAAUUCCUCAUGACAAACCUCCAGUUUGCCAAGAUCAGCAAAAAGUUCGAAUCUAAAGGCGAUGCAGAUGUGAAGGAAAUGGUGAAAAAAAUCAAGGAAAACCUGAAAACCAAGGAGGAGGUCUUGAAAGAAGGCCAGCUGGAUGGUGUAGAGGGCACUUCGACCCCAGAUCCCCCUAAUGCAUCCUCAAAGAGCGUGCCUGCUCCCAGCAGCGCUGCCCCCGAUGCGGCCAAGAAAAAGCUGUCGAGCACAGCAACUCUCAAGGCGCUGCCAACUGUUCCAUCUGCGAAACGUCCUCGUGAUGAGGAGGCCGACACGAAGUCUGCAAAGAGGGUCGCAGCCGAAUCACCUUCCUCACAAGCAAGCAUACCUGGUCAAAAGCCCGCACCGGCCAAGGUGGCGGUCUCUGCUCCUAACACCGCUACUCCACAGCCCAAGCUGUUUGCUGGGAGUGGCAUGCUGGGUGCCAAGGCGAAACUCGCCUCCAAGUCCGCAGCGAAAGCCCCGCCAGUGAAGCCUGAAGGCGGGCUGAGCAAGGCUGAUGUCAAGAAGGAAGGCGGGCCACCAAGAGUAGAGGCUGCGAAGACAAGGAAGCCAGAGUUGACCAAAGACGAAGCUCCGGCUACUUCGAAGUUUGGCGGGAUUGGUUCUCUGCUGGACGAGAUUUCCAAGCCGAAGGCGGCCGGCCGCACGACGCCUGAAAAGGAGUCGAAGGUCAAGAAGGACGAGACCCCAGAGGAAAGAGCCCGGCGGUUGCGCAAGGAAAAGCGACGCCACCUGAGGGUCACUUGGAAGGAAGAUGAUGCGCUGACGGAGGUCAGAGUCUUUCAUAGGGAGAGCCUUGAGGAUGAGGGCAGAGCCAGCAACAUGAUCCGCGAUGCACGGGAUGACAAAUCCGAAGGUAUGGCGCUCAAACAGGGUCUGCAAGGUGGUGCCCAACUCGAAGACGAGGAUGAAGAAGACGAGCUACCCUACCGACCGUGGUUCGAGCCUCCAGCUAUCAACUUUUCUUCAAUACCCCAAGAACAGAGGGACAAGCAAUACGUCACUCGCGGGGGUCUGCUCGCUUUCGAGACUAAAGAACAAAAGGCCAUUGCGGAGCGUGAAAGCAAGGAAUUGAUGGUCGUCUACACUGAUCCCUCCGACAUCCCUCCCACGCCAAAAUCUCCGCACACGCAACCACAAGAGGACACGGACAUGGAGUCAGGCGCUGUUUCAUCCUUGCCUCAAGACGAACCGCAACUCGCUGAGAUUCAUCUCCGUUGGACCGAAGCGAGCUCGCGUGGCCUGUCUUGGGCGCGAUUGAACGCGUUGCGCAGGGCUCAGAAAGGACAGGCCCCAUUGUCUGGCGCCGCGGGUCAACCCAAUGUGCAGCCCAACGCGUCGGGCGCCCUUGAUGCGACCGCGACCGCCCUUCCUCAAAACAUGUCCAAAGAAGAUCAAGUAUUUGUGCUUCUCAGCUCCGAAAAAGCCAAGAGGUGGAGGGAUCCCGACCCUUACGAUCCAGCAAACCCCAAGACGCGCCGUCGAUACGAUUAUCCGGAUCCUGCAAGUCAAUUAGCAGCCGAUUUGGUUGAGCAGGUGGCCGAGAUGCUCAAGGGCAAACCCGUGCCAGCCACAGAACCUCCUGAGUGGAUGAGGCAUGAUGCUGCCAAGGUAGCGGAGUGGUGGCACGGAUACAACAAAGACAGACAACGCGUGGAGCAACGAGCCCAACAGCAGCAGGCAGCACAGCCCGCAGCCACACAGCAACCUCAGGCGCACUCGGCUGCUCAAGGCACCGCCGAUCAGCAAGCAGCAGCGUGGGCAGCCUACUACGCGCAGCUCCAGCAGUACCAAGCCCAGCAGGCUCAAUCUGCUUCGCAGACACCGUACGCGCAGGCCUACGACCCCUAUCAACAAGUUGCACAGCCUGUCCCGCAGCAGGGAGCACCGGUGCAAGCUGCCGUAGAAUCCAAUGCACAACUUCAAGCCGUCCUAGCUGCCCUGGCCUCCACGCCCGCCCAGAACCAGCCACAGCAAACCCAGGCUGCAGCCGACCCGCACCUCCAGGCCUUGCUCGCAAGUCUCGGUGGCAGCCCCGCCGUCCAGCAACAACCACAGCAUGCUGGCCAUAACCCAUCGGACCCCGACUAUAUGGCAUACAUCAUGUCUCUAGCUGCAGGCCAGGCCCCAGACCAGUCUCAGCGGUCGCAACAGUCAACGAACAACGGUCAACAGGCCGAUGACGACCGUGAGUACGACAGAGACAGAGAUGGUGAUCAUUCGGGCCGCCGUGACAAGGGACGCGGUGGGAAACACAAAGCAUGGCGUGGUUUUCAAUAUUUCCCCCCUAGCACGGCUGUGCUACUCAUCUGUGUUAUCAACGGAGCCGUUCCUCUCCAGUCAUGA